UGUCAGAUUAGACAGAACUGGGCCGGAUGGAUCCGGCCUGCUCCUCAAAGGGCUAUGUAAACACAGAGGCCUCUUCCUUGAUUUGCAGUUGGACAAGCAACAUGCCAGAACAAAGUAAUGAUUACAGAGUGGUUGUGUUCGGAGCUGCCGGUGUUGGAAAGAGUUCUUUGGUCCUUCGUUUUGUCAGAGGGACCUUCCGGGAAACGUACAUACCUACCGUCGAAGACACUUACCGCCAGGUGAUCAGCUGCGACAAGAACAUCUGCACCCUUCAGAUCACCGACACCACGGGCAGCCACCAGUUCCCUGCCAUGCAGCGCCUGUCCAUCUCCAAAGGCCAUGCGUUCAUGCUGGUCUACUCUGUCACCAGCAGGCAGUCGAUAGAAGAGCUUCAGCCCAUCUACGAACAGAUCUGCCAGAUCAAAGGGGACAUCCAGAAGGUGCCGAUCAUGUUGGUAGGAAACAAGAGUGACGACGCCCAGAGAGAAGUGGACGCCAGGGAAGGGGAGGUCCUUGCCACCCAGUGGAAAUGUUCCUUCAUGGAGACGUCGGCCAAAAUGAACUACAACGUGCAGGAGCUUUUCCAAGAGCUCUUGAACUUGGAGAAGAGGAGAAGCGUCAGCCUACAAGUGGACGGCAAGAAAUCUAAGCAGCAGCGGAAGAAGGACAAACUGAAAGGCAAGUGUUUGGUCAUGUGAGAUGCUGGUUUCUGCUCCUCCUCCUGGGCCCUUAAAACAGGAGCAUAGACUUAAUCUUGCAGAACAUUCUCAUGUGUCCUGGGAAAGGGCUGGACAGAGAGAUUUCCAGAGGACCUGGAUGGCUUUGUUUGUUUUAGUUUUGCUUAUAAAUUUUGGUUCAAUUGAUUAUUUAUUCGAUGGAAGUUAGGCUUUGCAUGUUUUGUUCUGCAGAAGCAGAUGUUUGUUUUCUAUAAAAAGAACAGCAGCUGCUAACACCACUCAUGCCUCCUGCAACCACCAACCGGUAUUAGCCAUUGUACAGCAGGACAAGCUGCUAUAGUCAAGUGUAUGAUAAAAAGCAACAGAAACAGUCUGUAAGUCCACCUUUUGCCAGUGCUUUUCUGUCUGUCUGCAUCUUAGAACAUCCUAGGUAUGUUGCAUCUAAAACCCUCAUCACCUCUAGCUGAUAAUGAAGGCUGGGGGAUAAUGGGGGUUGUAGU